AUGGGCUACGACACCACAACCAGAGAGAUAUACGGUCUUGCCCAGCCUGGCUCUGAUGCCUCUGUUAAAGACAUGAGAGAGCCCGUUGAUCCACUGCCUAGACCCCAGCCCCCGCGACGAGAUGUCAAUCCAACACCCAACUCCGAAGCUAGAGGCCAGGAUAGAAGACAAGACAACAUCAUUGUCCAAUUGUACGAUCUUGAGGCUCAAGGUGGCAGAUUUGGACAAGCCGGAGGACGAUUCAGCAUUGAUCAGAACAUGUUAUUCACCUUUUUGCCCCGGACCAAAAAUGCAGUCAGACGAGGAACCCUCAUGCUGGAGAGUUUCUUCAUGCCUCAAGACAUGGCACCGCAUCCGCCACACAUCAUCCAUCAGGCAUUGCAUUUUCUGUUCCGCCACCUUCAAGACUUUUCCCGAACUGGUGCAAUAGACAUGUUUGGGGUCGCCGAGAUGGAAAUAGAAGACGACCCGGCCCGCGACUAUGCGGUAACUCGUUGGGCCGGCAUGAUGCAUGCCCUGUGCGUGGUUCUCGACAAUGAGCGUGGACUGGGAUGCUCAGACAUGCUUUUGGCCGAGAUUCUAGACUUUUUCGAAAACCUCAUCCGAGAUGUUCACAACAUUCUGGGCUGGGACGAGACAACUAUUCUCUUUGAAGCCUUUGCUGGUAUUUUCCGCACUGGACGACCAGACUUGAUGCGUCAGGUUUGUAGAAUUUGGGAACGUUUCGACCCCGAGGUCCAGGAUCAGCUUUUACGAGACAUGAGACGUGCAUUGCCUGUCGAGGGUAUUGAUGGGAUGGCACACCGCAUGUAUAGAGCAUUAGGAUAUUAG